AUGCAAACCAAUUCCUGCCGUCCGGAUCUGCGUCUCUCCUCUCUCCUCUUAUCCCCGCAGGCGUUCGAUCCGACCAACCAGCCGCGCGAGUCAACGCGAGCGGGCGAUGCGCUGCAGAAGGUGAUGAACGUCCCCGAUUUCGCGCCCGACGACAUCUUCGUCGCCAAGCUCAAGCCGCGCGAGGUCCUUCGCAACCUCUCCGUCGCUGAGCUGUAUGAGCAGGCGAUCGCGCAGGAGGAGGGCAACUUCAUCGUGUCGACGGGCGCGCUGGCGACGCUAUCGGGCCAGAAGACGGGGCGGUCGCCCAAGGACAAGCGCGUCGUCAAGGAGCGCGCCCACGCCGAGGACCUGUGGUGGGGCAAAGGGUCGCCCAACUACGAGAUGGACGAGUACACGUUCAUGGUGAACCGCGAGCGCGCCAUCGAUUACCUCAACACCGUCGGCAAGGUGUACGUGCAGGACAUGCUGCUGGGGUGGGAUCCGAAGCUGCAGAUCAAAGUGCGCAUCGUGUGCGCGCGUGCCUACCACGCGCUCUUCAUGCACAACAUGUGCAUCCGGCCCACCCAGGAGCAGCUGGAUAACUUCGGCGAGCCGGUGUUCACCAUCUACAACGCGGGGCACUUCCCCGUGAACCGGCUGAGCAAGUUCAUGACGAGCACGACGAGCGUGGACAUGGACUUGAACCGCAUGGAGAUGGUCAUUCUCGGGACGGAGUACGCCGGGGAAAUGAAGAAAGGACUCUUCUCCCUCAUGAACUACCUCAUGCCCAAACAGGGCGUCCUCUCGCUGCACUCCGGAGCCAACAUGGGUAAAGACGGCGAUGUUUCCCUCUUCUUCGGCCUGUCCGGCACGGGCAAGACAACCCUCUCCACCGAUCCGCACCGCUUGCUGAUCGGCGACGACGAGCACACGUGGAGCGACGACGGGGUGGCGAACAUCGAGGGCGGCUGCUACGCCAAGUGCAUCAACCUCAGCCGGGAGAAGGAGCCCGAUAUCUACAAUGCAAUCCGGUUCGGAGCGGUGCUGGAGAACGUCGUCUUCGAUGCGCACACCCGCGUGGUGGAUUAUGAUGACAACAGCAUUACCGAGAACACGCGCGCGUCGUACCCUAUCGAGUAUAUCCCCAAUGCGAAGAUCCCCUGCACGGCGGGCCACGCGACGAACGUGAUUCUGCUCACCUGCGACGCGUUCGGAGUUCUCCCGCCCGUCAGCCGCUUAACUCUCGAGCAGGCUAUGUACCAUUUCAUCUCGGGUUACACGGCCAAGGUCGCGGGUACCGAGAUGGGCGUGACGGAGCCCGAAGCGACCUUCUCCGCGUGCUUCGGAGCCGCGUUCCUGAUGUGGCAUCCGUACAAGUACGCGUCGCUGCUGGCGGAGCGCAUGAAGAAGCACGGGACCACGGCGUGGCUCGUCAACACCGGGUGGACGGGCGGGAGCUAUGGCGUCGGGAGCAGGAUGAGCAUCAAGAGCACGCGCGCGAUUAUCGACGCGAUUCACGACGGGUCGUUGCUGAAGGAGGAGUUUGUGACGACGCCCGUGUUCGGCCUGCAGGUGCCCACCAAGUGCAACGGCGUGCCCACUGAAGUGCUGCAGCCGGAGACUCUGUGGCCCGACAAGGCCAAGUACCAGCAGACCCUGGAGAAGCUUGGCGCGCUGUUUGUGAAGAACUUUGGCAAGUUUGUGGAGUUCGAGAUGGGCGGCAAGACUACGCGCAUCCCCGAUGAGGUGCUGGCAGCCGGUCCCAAAAUCACGGAGCAGCAGCUGCACAAGGCGCUCAGGUAG